AUGAUUGUCAUUGUGUUGAAUGCCCUCCUUAUGGCACUAGAGACGAACCAUGACCUUAAAAUGAAGAACUUGUUUUUUUUUACGAUUGCAGACAAAUUUUUCAUGGCUGUAUAUACCUUGGAGUUCCUGAUGAAGUUCUAUGUUGAACCGGUGGACUACUGGAAAAACGGAUACAACGUGUUUGAUGCAGUUAUUCUAAUCGUGACGUUCAUUCCAGUGUUCACAGAAGGACAUAACGUUAGUUCACUUGAAUACAUCCCCAUUAUCCGUGCUCUUCGUUCUUUGAGAGUGCUGAAGACAAUUUCCUUCUUUCACGGCCUUCAGACUUUGAUUGAGGCUAUGUUCUUGAGCGUGAAGAGUGCAGCAUUUGUACUUCAAAUGAUGCUCGUGCUGAUGUUCAUCUUCUCCCUUAUUGGGUUUUAUAUCUUUGGAGACCCUGAAACAGGAGACCCUGAACACUGGGGUGACCUUGGUUCUGCCUUCUUCACAAUCUUCAGUUUAGUGACAGUGGACGGUUGGACAGAUAUUCAGGAUGUACUGGACGAUCUAGGCAUGAGAUCAAGCCGUGUUUUCACAGUUGUCUUCGUUUUUUUCGCAAACUUUGUCCUCUUCAAUGCAUUUGUAGGGACAGGCAUCCGUGAAAUGCAUAAUGCUUUAAUGAAGUGUGAUAGUGAGGUGCAGAGUGAGCGUGAGGCAUUGGUGGCACACAAGAAGCAGGCCAUUGUUGAGCAGCAGAUGAAGGAGAUGAAAGAACUGAUCCAAAGUCAGACAGGUCAUGAUACGAACUUUAGUGCAAUGGUGGAGAGCUUUAAGAGGAACUUACAGCAUACGGAUUACAUGCUGACAGAAGACCUUUGUACCAGUGUGUCCUUUACUGACCUUUAUCUGACUUCGCUGGACUAUCAGGAUGACACCCUUUACAAAUUGCUGGAGCUUUACAAAGAGGCAGUGUAUGUCCUGAGCGACAUGUUGGAGCAAGAUUUGAUUGACCAAAAGUUAAAAGAACCGGAGAGAAAACUCAAAAUAAAACAGCAACUCAAGCACGUUCCAACUCAGAGAGUUCCAGAAGGAUCUGAUUCUCAAACCUGA